GCCGGCGGCAGAGGCCGAGCGCGGCGAGGAGGCGGGCGGGCAGGAAGCAGGAAGCGCCGCCGGGAGGGACGAGCGGGAGACGGAGCGAGGUGCUGUUGGCGGAGUGAGUGCCAUGCUCUGGAGCUCUUAGCUUUCUAACAUGGCAGAGGGAGGUGGAAACGAAGAAGUGAUUGACUUGAACAGUUUCCGGAGCCACCGAGGGAAAGAUAGAAUAAACCACAGAGACGAGGGGCUUAUCACCAUAUCCGACUCCUCGGAUGAAGAAUUGCCUGUGAUGCUGGACAUUCCUGUUCGCCGGCAGUGGGAGGAUGAGGAAGACGACGAUGUAGUCAUACUGAUGGAGACAGGAGCGAAGAAGCUUCUGCGCUCCAAUGUGAUCAGACCAGCGGCUCCCUGGCAGAGUGCGAGCAAGUCGGGGGAAGGAGGAUCCAAGGGCGACGUGUUGCCAGGGCCCCACGAUGGACAGAAGGCGAGGACCCCUCCUUCCCCGAGGCCGCCUGGCGCUUGGCGGAACUGCGCGAAGGCCGCUGGCGUGGCGCUGGGACGGCAGGAAAGCGAGAACGAGGUCUUGGAACUGCCAGGAACCCCGGAGCCCGUUGGGCCGAGGGGGGACGGCGAUGGGGCUGUUCCGGAACCUGGUCCCAGCGUGGCUCGGACGAGAGAGGCGAGAUCCGGCGGCGAGAAGGAAGUCAUCAACUUGGAGGAGGUCUUGCCGGCUGAUGAGGAAGGGCAGGAGCAGAGGGAGCGAGAGCUGCAACCGAGGCUAGCGCCGCCGCUCGGAGGGACUGUCCGGUGCAUCCAGGAGAACAUGCGGCUGGACCACCCGUAUUUCCAGCCCGCUGAGAAGGACGCAGGCCCCGUGGUCAACCUCAUUUCUCCCCAGCAAGGGCAGAGGGACAUGGACCUGGGCCCGCUGCCCAGGGCGUACCAAGAGGAGAUCCCUGGGCCUGCCUUUCCCAGGCCGGAGCCGCCGCAGGACGGGAUCCCCGGCCCCGCCUCCCCCCAGCUGGCUCACCCACCGGAAGAAGAGGGAGGUGGGCAGCAGGCAACGGUCAAUGAGCAGGCGGGCCCCUCUUCGCCAGCCCGAGGGCCCCCCGAUGCUGCUUCCAGCGAGGUUCCCAAGCAAGGCACUGCUCCUCAGCUCGACAAAGACCUCUUUGCUCUUCUCAUCAGGGAAACGGAAGCAAGGUUCCCAGAUGCAACCAGAGAGUACAUUGAGGAUCUAAUACAGAAUAAAAACUGCUGUGACUUAAACAUACUUUGUAAUUUUCUUCUGGAAAAUCCAGAUUAUCCAAAGAAGGAAGGCAGAGUGGUUUUAAAUCCAAAUAGCAGCCUCCUCUCCAGCCCAGAUGAGACAAAGGUGCCUAAAGUGGACUACUUUGACUUCUCCAAACUUGAACCACUUGAUCAGCGCUGCUUUAUCCAAGCGGCUGAUCUCCUCAUGGCCGACUUCAAAAUGUUGAGUAGCCAGGACAUCAAGUGGGCGCUGCAUGAGCUCAAGGGACACUAUGCAAUCACACGAAAGGCCUUUUCGGAUGCCAUCAAAAAAUGGCAAGAACUGUCUCCUGAAACCAGCGGGAAGCGGAAAAGGAGGAAAGAAAUGAACCAGUAUUCCUACAUAGACUUCAAAUUUGAGCAAGGCGACAUGAAAAUAGAGAAGCGCAUGUUCUUCUUGGAGAACAAGAGGAGGCACUACAGGAGCUACGACCCCUGCGCUCUCCUGCCAGCCGUGCAGCUGGAGCAGGAGUUCUACGAGCAGAAGAUCAAGGAAAUGGCAGAGCAUGCAGAUUUUCUGCUCGCCCUGCAGGUGAACGAGGAGCAGUAUCAAAAAAAUGGCCAGAUGAUCGUGUGUUGCUGUUGCUACGGGGACUUUGCGUUUGAGGAGCUGACUCAGUGCGCCGAUGGACAUUUGUUUUGCAAGGAGUGCCUAAUCAAGUAUGCUCAGGAAGCAGUCUUUGGCUCUGGCAAGUCGGAGCUCAGCUGCAUGGAAGGGAGUUGUACGUGCUCAUUUCCAACCAGUGAACUGGAGAAAGUCCUUCCUGAAAACAUUCUGUGUAAAUACUACGAGCGGAAAGCAGAGGAGGAGGUGGCUGCUGCCUGUGCGGAUGAGUUAGUCAGGUGUCCCUUCUGCAGCUUCCCAGCUCUGCUGGACAAGGAUGUGAAGCGGUUCAGCUGCCCCAACCCUCGAUGCCGAAAGGAAACCUGCAGGAAAUGCCAGGGCCUCUGGAAGGAGCAUAUGAACCUCACCUGUGAGCAGCUGGCUGAGAAGGAUGACAUAAAAUACCGAACAUCUAUAGAAGAGAAGAUGACGGCGGCCCGCAUCAGAAAGUGCCACAAGUGUGCCACCGGCCUGAUCAAAUCCGAAGGCUGCAACCGCAUGUCGUGCCGCUGUGGCGCCCAGAUGUGCUACCUCUGCCGAGCCGCCAUUAAUGGGUACGACCACUUCUGCCAACACCCCCGAUCCCCAGGGGCCCCUUGUCAAGACUGUGCCAAGUGUUCCCUCUGGACAGACCCCACGGAGGAUGACGAGAAGAUAAUCCAGGAGAUUCAGAAGGAAGCUGAAGAGGAGCAAAAGAGGAAAAACGGAGAAAACAGUUUCAAGCGGAUUGGGCCCCCGGCAGAGAAGCCUGCGGAGAAAAUCCCGCGAAUUGAAGCCAUCCCCAGGCCGGUCCCGCAGAACCUUCACCACCAAAUGCCCCCUUACCCCUUUGUGCACCCUGCCUACCCGCUGAACAUGCCCCCCGUCCGCCCGCUCUACAACAACAUUGGCCACAUCAACAUGGGGCCCAUCCCUGCCCCUUACGUGCCCCCCCUGCCCAACAUGCGGGUGAACUAUGACUUCCCCCAGGUGAACCUGCCGCUGGAGCACAACCUCCCGAUGCACUUUGGCCCGCAGCCGCGACACCGGUUCUGACUCGGCUCGGGGCGGCGCCAGGACUUUGGGAAGUCUCUGCAGGGAAAGUCCACACACUGGCUGACGCAGCCCGCCCCUUCCUCUUUUCUCCACUUUCCCAGUAAACUGCAAGCGCUGAACACGCUCCUGGGCGCCCCUCCGGUCUUCUCGUCCCCCAAGGCAAGAUCAGCACCUUUGCUGCCCAGUCUCUGUUGCGGGAAGCGGAAGGGACAGGAGGCUUGCCCUGGCACCCUUUUGCUUCCGCCGCACGUCUAGGAAGGAAGUUCUCCGCUCAGUGAGGUAGGCAGGGGGUGCAGGGUGCUUGUCUGGCAAGAGGCAGCGACGACUCGGACCCACGUGCCAAAACCACAGUUUCUCUUGCCUGCCCAAACGGCGCUGAGAGUGGGAAAGUAUCAGGUAGGAGGUUCAGCUCCGGCCAGCUACAGAUUUUGAGCGGUGUGGUUGACGGGCAAAUUAAACCAUUGAUGGGAAACCACCGAGGCAAGCAGAAGUUGGCAGAGGCCGUUGCAAACACCAGAUUGGCAGCUUCUGUGGCCCUCAGGUCAGGAAGAAACCCCAGCAGAGCUCUUCCCACCACACCCAUCUUGUGCCUUUGGCACAGGAGUCAGGCGGCGGGUUGCAGCCAACUAAGUCCUACUCAAGAGUAGCCCCGUUGAAACCAGUGAACCUAAGUUGGCCGUGUCCAUGAAGUUCAAUGGCUCCACUCUGAGCAGGACUCGCACUGGCUGCAACCCAGCCUUCCCAGACUCGGUGUGUUGGUGGGUCUGGCUUUUCAAAGAGAUAUCAGAGGCCUCUGAUUCUUCCGAGGUGCCAAACUGAAGACUUGCUGUCACUCAGCGCAGCUCAAUGUAACGUGAGACCACAUCUGUUUAAAAUAAAUGCAGCUUCCGUAGCUGGAACAGUU